GACAGGCAGUCAGGGAGGGAUAACAUACCACAAUCCCUGUUUCCCUGAGGGGAAGUUGUCCGUGAGGCAGUUGAAGACAGUCAGAGGGGCGGGAGUGAACAGGAAACAAAUCUGAAAUAGAAACAGAAACUCACACAUUCUCACUCACUUAAACACGAAGGACUGUUGAGGGCUGAGCUCUGUCUGUGCCUCCACUCUGCUCUCCAUUCAAGACAAAGCAACACGUUGUUGGACUUUAGAACCUCUACUGUGACACUGGCACAGCAACACCAUCAACUGCCUCUACAAAUCUACACAAGAGGGCUGCGACAGAGAACCUGGAUCAUUUAUCAGAGGAAAAACAAGACUGAGGAGCAUCUAUAAUCUUUAAUAACUUUUUUAACAAAAAAAAACCAAGUUGCACAAUUAAAGAAAGAAAUCACCACGUAUGGAUUAUUUCAAUAUUAAAGCCUUUUUCCUGUGAGGACUUGGACUGGAUCAUUCCGGGUUGAGUCAACCAGAGGGAACGUUGUGUGACAGUCGGAGUAAGUACACCUCCCUCGCUCCGUCAGAAAGCCCUUCAGGCGGAGGCGAGAAGCAGCUCCAACGGGGGGAGGAGCAGGGGCAAGCGGCUCUCCGUGGUCGGCAGUCCGUCUUUGGGCACGGAGGGAUCGUUUAACUAUGAGCUAAUCCCAAAGAACCACCGACAGCCCCUCUCACAACAUGGGGACGGAAACUCUGUGAUCAUGUGCUGCAACCACUGCUCUCCACUCUAUGAACGUGGGAUGUUUUGAAUGAAAACCUUUGUGUUUCAGUGCUUCUCUAAAUCCCUGUCAUAGAUUACGGAGGGACAGCCUCUGCAGUGUUACCAGGCAUCCGGCCUUGCAUUCUGAGUUCCGCCUUUGUGUCCGACGUCCACGCUUGAUUGGGCCAAGAGUUGUUGAGCAAAAUCCUUUCAUUGUAUAGCUCUUACAUAACCGAAUGAUCCCCCACAACUGCUCCUGGUUUCCUUCAGUCUAAAAUGCACAACACCAGCCUGUUCCCUCUGCUGUCUGCGUCCGACUUCACCACGAUGCGAACCAGCGCCCCGACCAACCUGCUGCCGCACGACAACUCCUCCCAGUCGUACAGCUCCAACUGCACCAAGAGUGACGGGUUCAAGUACCCCUUGUACAGCACAGUGUUCAGCCUGGUGUUCGUGGUGGGUCUGAUCACCAACGUGGCGGCCAUGUACAUAUUCACCUGUUCCCUGAAGCUGAGGAACGAGACCACCACCUACAUGAUGAACCUGGUGGUGUCGGACCUUCUGUUCGUCUUCACGCUGCCUCUCAGGGUCUUCUACUUCAUCAACCAGGACUGGCCGUUCGGCAGCAUGUUCUGCAAGCUCUCUGUCUCGCUGUUCUACACCAACAUGUAUGGCAGUAUGCUGUUCCUCACCUGCAUUAGUGUGGAUCGUUUUUUGGCCAUAGUCCAUCCGUUCCGGUCACAGGCGCUAAGAACCAAGAGGAACGCCAAGAUAGUGUGUGUGGCGGUCUGGGUGCUGGUGUUGGCGGGAAGUCUGCCGACGGGAUUCAAACUGGAAACCACGUCUCGCAAAAACAACCUGUCUGCCUCGCGAUUCUGCUUUGAGAACUUCUCCUCGAACCAGUGGAAGUCCCACCUUUCCAAGGUGGUGAUUUUCAUUGAGACGGUGGGGUUCCUGAUUCCCCUGCUCCUCAAUGUGGUAUGCUCUGUCAUGGUCCUUCAGACCCUGAGGAGGCCCAACGCCAUCAACCGCGGGGGGAAGCUGAACAAAACCAAGAUCCUUCGCAUGAUUGUGGUACACCUGUUCAUCUUCUGCUUCUGUUUCAUCCCCUACAAUGUCAACCUGGUGUUCUACGCUCUGGUGCGUACCGGGACGCUGAGGGGCUGCUCCGUGGAGUCCGUGGUCCGAACCAUCUACCCCAUCGCCCUCUGCAUCGCCGUGUCCAACUGCUGCUUUGACCCAAUCAUCUACUACUUCACCUCAGAGACCAUCCAGAACUCAAUCAAGAGGAAGUCAGUGGGCAGCCGGGCGUAUGACGUCAAUUUCUCAGAGGGGCUGAAGAGUGAGACCAGCUCCAACCUCCAAUGCAGCCUGAGGACACUGAAGGACAAGAUGUUCCACAACACUGAGUCCUCAGUGUGACUAUGGGGUUGGUCCUGACUGACAGCUGUCACUGAGUCCUCAGUGUGACUAUGGGGUUUGUCCUGACUGACAGCUGUCACUGGGUUUUUCAGGAGACUGUCAGGUUGACUGGCUGAUUAGCUGGCUGGCUGGAUGACUGGCCGAAUAGCUGUUUGGCUGCAGUUGGCUGAAUAGCUGGUUGGCUGCUGGCUGGUUAGCUGAAUGGCUGGUUGGCUGCUGGCUGAUUGGCUGAACAGCUGGUUGGCUGCUGGCUGAUUGGCUGGCUGAUUGGCUGUUGGCUGAUUGGCGGAAUGACUGGUGGAAUGACUGGUUAGCUGCUGGCUGGUUGACUGGCUGCUGGCUGAUUGGCUGGCUGACUCGCUGAUUGAUUGGCUAAUUGACUGUCUAGUUGGGCUGGCAGUACAGACAUAAGUACAGAAAGUGAAUUAUUUAAAUGAAUGGAUUAUCUUUAAGGCUGAGAUGUGCUGAAGCAAAGGAGGAUAUGAAUGGAAUUUCAGUCUGUGUUCAUCUCAGGGCAGUCUACAUGGACAGUCUGCCAGUCUACUAAUAAUAUGGUGGAUCACAUGAAUUCUGUUUGGCCCAGUUGGUUCGUCUGUGAUGUGACGUCUUGCACCUCUCAAUGUGUAACAUAAUUUGGUGCCAUUACAACUGUGUUUUUGUUUCACAAUGAUUGUGCCAAAAAGUUACUAAACUUCAGAAAAAUAUGAACUGGAAUGGAUUAUUUUCACUGGACAAAGAGGGAGAGAGUGAGAGAGCAGGAUUACUACUUGUAGCUACCGCUGUAUAUGUUAAGUCAUGUUGUUUCCAACUAUUUACAGUUUACAAUUCACAGCAUCUAUUUAACUCAAUUUGAGAAAUGUUAAAUUCAUAGAUUGCUUUGCAUUCAUCAUGGUGUCCACUGAUAUUUUGUACCAAGUAUAUGUUCUAAAACAGAUGGUCUUGGACAUGUUUGUUUAGUCUAUGCCUGAAGGAGAUUCCUGAAGUAAUAAUAGUCACUUUAUUGUAAAUUGUUCAGUACAAGAAAAUGCACUGACACAGAAUUUGCUAAACACUGGGCUGUUUCAUGCCAUAAAUCACAGCUUGAGAAAUGAAUAAAAGAAAACAAUCCAAACAUUAAAUACACAUUUUUGUAACAUAA